AUGGCUUUGCAUAUGGAGAACUUGCUGGAAACCCAGCCUCGACCACAGAUGAAGGCGACUGGAGAGCGGAGGUCCAGAGCCGGGUGGGAGGGCAGAAGGAGGGGCCUGCACGGGCUCACCCAGGGUGAGUCCCAUGGGGAUGGGAUUCAGGACGGCGUCCUGGGCCCAGCAGCAUUAGGGCUUAGAGGAAAGAUCAGGAUUCGGCCAGAGGGUCCAGAACGAGCAGCCGAUAGUGCCCGAGAACAAGCAGACUCGACUGGCUUGUGCUCGGUGCGCCACGGGCUGGCCGUCCUCUUUCACCUCUGUAAUAUUUUGAUCGGCACCCAGCAAAUGAACUUGAGCAUCGCCCUCCCCGCCAUGGUGAACGUCACCGUGCUGCCCGGCGCCCCCCCGGACGGGCCUCCCGCCGACGCCCAGGACAGCAGCAACGACACGGCGAAGGAGCCGGAGGCGCUGGCGCCCGUGUACGACUGGAGCCCCGAGGCCCAGGGCUUCCUCCUCAGCGCCCUCAGCGUCGGCUCGUUCUUGGCCUCCAUCCCCAGCGGCUUCGUGGUCGGAGUGUGCGGGGUCAAGUACCCGGUCGGCGUGGCCAUGCUCGCCUCCUCCGUCCUGAACCUUUUCGUCCCGCUGGCGGCCGAUGCCGGGGUGGCCUCGCUCUUUGCCCUUCGGACCGUGCAAGGCGUCGCCCAGGUCGUGGUGUCGGUGGGUCAGUAUGCGGCCUGGGUGAAGUGGGCCCCUGCGCUGGAAAAGAACCAGCUCGUCGCCAUCGCGGCGUCAGGCUUAAUGCUGGGGACCCUGACCAUCUUCCUUGUGGGUGGCUUCCUCUGCCAGACCUUGGGAUGGCCUUCCGUCUUCUACGUCUUCGGUGGUGUCGGCUGUGCCUGCUCCUGCCUCUGGUUCCCUCUGGUCUACGACGACCCCGCAGACCACCCGUUCAUCGGUACCGGGGAGAGGGACCACAUCAUGCGCUCGCGGGCUCAGCAGGACUCUGCUGCAGACUGGUCUCUUCCUGUGAAGGCCAUGAGCACGUCCUUGCCACUCUGGGGCAUUUUAGUGUUUUAUUUCAGUGAAUACUGGCUCGUUUACAUGAAGUUCGCGUACAUGCCAACGUACCUCAGCUCUGUACUUGGACUCAGCCUCACGAAUAGCGGGUUCCUGCUGGCCCUGCUGCUGGCCGCUUCCUUCGCCAGCGCUGUGCUCGGCGGCCUCCUCGCAGACUUUCUCCUCUCCCGAGAAGUCCUCAGGCUGGUUGUCAUCAGGAAGCUCCUCACGGCCGCAGGCGUCCUCUUCCCGGCUGCGUCCUUCGCGUGUCUGCACUGGGUCAGAUCCAGCCUCGGCGUCACCGUCGCCUUGCUGGUAGUGGGUUCUGUCACCAACAGCCUCUGCCUAAUAGGAGCCCUCAUCAACUUCUUGGACAUCGCUCCUCGGUACGCCGGCUCCCUCCAGGGCUUCCUGCUCCUCUUCUCCCAGGUGUCGGGAGCCAUCUCGACCACCGUCGCCGGAGCCCUCAUCAGUCAGGAUGCGGAGCUCGGCUGGAGAAACACCUUCUUGCUCUCGGCGGCUAUUAGCGUGGCGGGGCUGCUCGCUUACCUCGUCCUCGGCCGAGCCGAGGUCCAGGACUGGGCCCGCGACGAGACGCCGACGCGCCUCUGA